GUCAAUCAAAGGCAGAGCUCAGAGCUGGGAAGGAGGCUCUAGAUGGCGGCGGUGCCUUAGAGAGCGCGCGCUCAGCUGCCUGCCUUCCCCUCACUUUACGCAACUUUCCCUAACUUUCAGGCUGCCUCAGGGGGCCCCCGCAGCCCCCUGCCUCUCCUAGCGACUUCCUGGGGUCGAUUUGAGCCUUUUUUUGGGGAGAAAAGCAGCUUUUAGGAGCUUGCUUUGCGAGCCUUGUUGGAAAGCAGCAGCCGUGCUGAGAGCCCAGGUCGUUGUUUUUUCCCAGCUUAGAAGCCAUGGCGCACCUCCAUUUUUGUACGCUCUCCUAAUGAGGUUUUUUUUUAUCUUCCGGACCCGUUUUAGUAUUAAUUGUUGCUUUGUUUUUUUGGCCGCUGGACACACUUGAGUCUUUUUAUUUAUUUUUGGGUUUUUUUUUUGUUUUUAACGGAGAAAUUUGUUUUUAUUUUUGAUCGUUUGGGAUCUAUUUUUUUCUUGCUAGCUAGGACUCUGGCUUUGGACCUACUACAUGGAUCAGUAAAUACCUGGGCACAGGACUUCAAAGCAAACACAGAUUCCCCCUUCCCCUUAAUAUUUAAGAAUUAAAAGAUGAUGAGAAAUAAGGACAAAAGCCAAGAGGAGGACAGUUCGCUCCACAGCAAUGCUUCGAGUCACUCAGCCUCUGAAGAAGCUUCGGGUUCAGACUCCGGCAGCCCGUCGGAAAGUGAGCAGGGCAGCGAUGCAGCAAGCGGCCAUGGCAGUGACUCGAACAGCAGCACUGAGUCCUCUGAGAGUCCGUCUGAGUCAGAGAGUGAGUCGGCAGGGUCCAAGUCUCAGCCGGCCCUACCGGAAGCCAAAGAGAAGCCAGCAUCUAAGAAGGAGCGGAUAGCUGAUGUGAAGAAGAUGUGGGAAGAGUAUCCUGAUGUUUAUGGGGUCCGGCGGUCCAACCGAAGUAGACAAGAACCAUCUCGAUUUAAUAUUAAGGAGGAGGCAAGUAGCGGGUCUGAGAGCGGGAGCCCCAAACGAAGAGGCCAGAGGCAGCCCAAGAAACAAGAGAAGUGGAAACGGGAUCUCUCGGAAGAUGAGCAGGAGCAAGGCACCAGUGCUGAGAGUGAACCGGAGCAAAAAAAAGUGAAGGCCCGAAGACCUGUCCCCAGAAGGACAGUGCCCAAAUCUCGGGUUAAAAAACCGACGAAGACGCAGCGUGGGAAGAAAAAAAAACAAGAGUCUUCUGAUGAGGAUGAUGAUGAUGACGAAGCUCCAAAGCGGCAGACUCGUCGAAGAGCAGCUAAGAACGUCAGUUACAAAGAAGAUGAUGACUUUGAGACUGACUCCGAUGAUCUCAUUGAAAUGACCGGAGAAGGGGUGGAUGAGCAGCCGGAUAACAGUGAGACCAUCGAGAAGGUCUUAGACUGCAGGCUAGGGAAGAAAGGAGCCACUGGCGCGCCGACCACUGUGUACGAGAUGGAAGCUAAUGGCGACCCCAGUGGCGACUUUGACACCGACAAGGAGGAAGGCGAAGUGCACUACCUCAUCAAGUGGAAGGGUUGGUCUUAUAUCCAUAGCACAUGGGAGAGUGAAGAAUCCUUACUGCAACAGAAAGUGAAGGGCCUAAAAAAGCUAGAGAACUUCAAGAAGAAAGAGGAUGAAAUCAAGCAAUGGUUAGGGAAAGUAUCACCUGAAGAUGUGGAGUAUUUUAAUUGCCAACAAGAGCUGGCCUCUGAGCUUAACAAACAGUAUCAGAUCGUAGAAAGAGUCAUCGCGGUGAAGACGAGUAAGUCGGCACUGGGUCAGACUGAUUUUCCAGCUCACAGCCGGAAGCCGCCGGCAACCUCCAACGAGCCUGAGUAUCUAUGCAAAUGGAUGGGCUUGCCCUACUCCGAGUGCAGCUGGGAAGAUGAAGCCCUGAUUGGCAAGAAAUUCCAGAGUUGCAUCGACAGUUUCCACAGUCGGAACAAUUCAAAGACCAUCCCCACGAGAGAGUGCAAGGCCUUAAAGCAGAGACCACGGUUCGUGGCUUUAAAGAAACAGCCAGCUUAUUUGGGUGGGGAUAACCUGGAGCUCCGAGAUUAUCAGCUGGAGGGUCUCAACUGGCUCGCUCACUCUUGGUGCAAAAGUAACAGUGUAAUCCUUGCUGAUGAAAUGGGCCUGGGCAAGACCAUCCAGACCAUCUCCUUCCUGUCCUACCUGUUCCACCAGCACCAGCUGUACGGCCCCUUUCUCAUAGUCGUCCCUUUAUCCACCCUCACCUCCUGGCAGAGGGAGUUUGAAAUCUGGGCACCAGAGAUUAACGUAGUGGUUUACAUAGGUGACCUGAUGAGCAGAAAUACGAUACGGGAAUAUGAGUGGAUUCAUUCCCAGACCAAGAGACUGAAGUUCAAUGCCCUGAUAACAACCUAUGAGAUUCUCCUGAAAGAUAAGACUGUGCUGGGCAGUAUUAACUGGGCCUUUCUGGGAGUGGACGAAGCCCAUCGGUUGAAGAACGAUGACUCUUUGUUGUAUAAAACUCUGAUUGAUUUCAAGUCCAACCAUAGGCUCCUGAUCACGGGGACCCCUCUGCAGAAUUCCCUCAAGGAGCUCUGGUCCCUGCUGCACUUUAUCAUGCCGGAGAAGUUUGAGUUUUGGGAAGACUUUGAAGAAGAUCAUGGGAAAGGGAGAGAAAACGGCUACCAGAGUCUCCAUAAGGUGCUAGAGCCUUUCCUCCUGCGACGAGUCAAGAAAGACGUGGAGAAGUCUCUGCCCGCCAAAGUGGAGCAGAUUCUGCGGGUGGAGAUGUCGGCACUGCAGAAGCAGUAUUACAAGUGGAUCCUGACCCGGAACUACAAGGCUCUUGCCAAAGGGACUCGAGGCAGCACGUCUGGGUUCUUGAACAUCGUAAUGGAGCUGAAGAAGUGCUGUAACCACUGCUACCUGAUCAGGGCCCCCGAGGAGAGCGAGCGGGAGAAUGGGCCUGAGGCACUCUCGUCCCUGAUCAGGAGCAGCGGGAAGCUCAUCCUGCUGGAUAAGCUGCUGACGAGACUCCGGGAAAGGGGGAACAGAGUUCUGAUCUUCUCCCAGAUGGUUAGAAUGUUGGACAUCCUGGCCGAGUACCUGGCUAUCAAACACUAUCCUUUCCAGCGCCUGGACGGUUCUAUCAAGGGCGAGAUUCGGAAACAGGCCCUGGACCACUUCAAUGCUGACGGGUCUGAGGAUUUCUGCUUCCUGCUUUCAACGAGAGCCGGUGGCCUGGGAAUCAACUUGGCCUCAGCAGACACAGUGGUCAUCUUUGACUCGGACUGGAACCCGCAGAAUGACCUGCAGGCACAGGCCCGUGCCCAUAGGAUUGGCCAGAAGAAGCAGGUCAACAUUUACCGCCUGGUCACAAAGGGGACUGUGGAGGAGGAGAUCAUCGAGAGGGCCAAGAAGAAGAUGGUGCUGGACCACCUGGUGAUCCAGCGCAUGGACACCACUGGCCGGACAGUCCUGGAAAACAACUCGGGAAGGUCUAACUCAAAUCCCUUCAACAAAGAAGAGCUGACGGCUAUUCUGAAAUUUGGGGCAGAGGAUCUUUUCAAGGAAAUCGAAGGCGAGGAGUCGGAGCCUCAGGAAAUGGAUAUAGAUGAAAUCCUGCGCUUGGCUGAAACCAGAGAGAACGAAGUGUCCACCAGUGCCACAGACGAGCUUCUGUCACAGUUCAAGGUUGCCAACUUUGCUACGAUGGAAGACGAGGAGGAGCUGGAAGAGCGCCCUCACAAGGACUGGGACGAGAUCAUUCCCGAGGAACAGAGGAAAAAGGUGGAGGAGGAGGAACGGCAGAAGGAGCUGGAGGAAAUCUAUAUGCUGCCUCGGAUUCGCAGUUCCACCAAGAAGGCACACACGAACGACAGCGACUCUGACACGGAGUCCAAGAGGCAGACCCAGCGGUCCUCGGCCUCAGAGAGCGAGACCGACGACUCGGACGACGACAAGAAGCCGAAGCGCCGGGGCCGCCCUCGCAGUGUGCGCAAGGACCUGGUCGAGGGCUUCACGGAUGCCGAGAUCCGAAGGUUCAUCAAGGCGUACAAGAAGUUUGGCCUCCCUCUGGAACGGCUGGAGUGCAUUGCCCGCGACGCCGAACUGGUGGAUAAGUCUGUGGCCGACCUGAAGCGCCUGGGGGAGCUGGUCCACAACAGCUGUGUGUCGGCCAUGCAGGAGUACGAGGAGCAGCUGAAGGAGAACGCCAGCGAGGGGAAAGGGCCAGGCAAAAAGAGAGGCCCCACGAUCAAGAUAUCUGGGGUCCAGGUCAACGUGAAGUCCAUCAUCCAGCACGAGGAAGAGUUCGAGAUGCUGCAUAAAUCGAUCCCUGUGGACCCAGAAGAGAAGAAAAAGUACUGCCUGAGCUGUCGCGUGAAAGCUGCCCACUUUGACGUGGACUGGGGUGUGGAGGACGACUCCCGCCUGCUGCUGGGCAUCUACGAACACGGUUACGGCAACUGGGAGCUGAUCAAGACUGACCCCGAGCUCGGGCUGGCUGACAAAAUCCUGCCAGUGGAGACAGAUAAGAAGCCGCAGGGCAAGCAGCUGCAGGCGCGCGCCGAUUACCUGCUGAAACUCCUGCGCAAGGGCCUGGAGAAGCCAAGCGCCGGGCCAGGUGGCGACGAGGCCCAGUCCAAGAAGCGGAAACCCCGGGUGAAGAAGGAGAACAAGGCCCCCCGGCUGAAAGACGAGCACGGCGCCGAGCUGUCGUCCCCGAGACACUCCGACAACCCCUCCGAAGAGGGGGAGGUGAAGGAUGAUGGCUUAGAAAAAAGUCCGAUGAAAAAGAAACAGAAGAAGAAGGAGAACAAGGAAAACAAAGAGAAGCAGAUGGGGUCCAGGAAGGACAAGGACGGGGACAAGGACAGGAGGAAGUCAAAAGAGAAGAAAGAGAAGCCGAAAGGGGACACCAAGUCUGCUGGCCGAUCCAAGCGCACACAGGGUCCUGUCCACAUCACGGCCGGGAGCGAGCCCGUGCCCAUUGGGGAGGACGAGGACGAUGACCUGGACCAGGAGACUUUCAGCAUCUGUAAGGAGCGGAUGCGGCCCGUGAAGAAGUCCCUGAAGCAGCUGGACAAGCCGGACAAGGGGCUGAGUGUGCAGGAGCAGCUGGAGCACACGCGCAGCUGUCUGCUGAGGAUCGGAGACCGCAUCGCCGAAUGCCUCCGUGCCUACUCGGACCAGGAGCACGUGAAGCUCUGGCGGAGGAACCUGUGGAUAUUUGUUUCCAAGUUCACAGAGUUUGAUGCUCGGAAAUUGCACAAGUUGUACAAGAUGGCGCAUAAGAAACGAUCCCAGGAGGAGGAGGAGCAGAAGAAGAAGGAGGACAUGAUGGGCGGGAAGAAACCCUUCCGACCCGAGGCCUCGGGUUCCAGCCGCGACUCCCUGACGUCCCAGUCCCACGCCCCGCACACUCUGCACCCCCAGAAGCCUCACUUGCCUGCCCCCCACGGCCCCCCGAUGCACGGACACCCACGAGAUAACUACAACCACCCCAGCAAGAGGCAUUUCAGCAAUGCUGACCGAGGCGACUGGCAGAGGGAGAGGAAGUUCGGCUAUGGUGGCGGGAACCCGGCAUGGGGGGGUGAGCGGCACCGCCCAUACGAGCAGCACUGGUACAAGGAGCACCACUACGGGGAGCACCGGCACAGCGACACCCACCGCUCUGGGGGCUACCGGCCCAACAGCCUGUCCCGCAAGCGGCCCUAUGACCAGUACAGCAGCGACCGUGACCACCGGGGUCACAGAGACUACUACGACAGACACCAUCACGACUCCAAACGGCGGAGAUCGGACGAGUUCAGGCCCCAGAAUUACCACCAGCAGGAUUUCCGGCGAAUGUCUGACCACCGGCCCCCGAUGGGCUACCAUGGCCAGGGCCCCUCGGACCAUUACCGCCCCUUCCGCACGGACAAGCUGGAGGACUAUAAGCAGCCCCUGCCCCCGCUGCAUGCCGCCGUCUCCGACCCCCGCUCACCCCCCGCGCAGAAGUCCCCCCACGACUCCAAGUCGCCCCUGGACCACAGGCCUCCCUCAGAGCGGUCCCUAGAACAGAAAAACAACCCGGAUUAUAACUGGAAUGUUCGGAAAACAUAAAGGACGACCGGGAGGGUGGGGCGAGGGGGAGCCCGCCAGCGCGGGGAGAGUUUGGGUCUCAUCCGACAGGACCGGGCGUCGGGCUGAGGCCGCUGGACGUGCUGCAGCGGCGCUGGCCACUGCCCCCGGUGUGGGGUCCCUGCACCCCCACCUCACUGCAGAGAGGACUGUGUGUGCCCCCGAGCAGGGGGAGCAGAGGCGGAGCCCCUGGGGAGGUCGGGGAAGGAGAGGGUGCAGGAAGCCGCUGGCCUGGUCACUGUGACGUGGAGGAGCUCGGGAGCCCCCACAUCCCGGGACCCCUGUGGCGGGGAGGGAGGGUGAGGGCGAGCCCUUGGCUGUCCGCCAGCACUGAAGGUGGUGGAGGGCGGGGAAGGAGGUGUGUGUGCCGCUCUAGCCCUGGGCCAGCGCGGGUCUCCGGCUGCACGGUGGGUGCUGGCUCUUGGAGCAGGGUCCCUGGUGGAUUACUGAGCUGAGGGUGCUGCUGUGGGGUAAGGCCUGGGGAGGGGAGGGUCUCAGGCCUUUCCUGUGGGGCUUCAGGGCGGCUGGCGCAGGGCCUGGCGGGCACGGACUGCUUGCCGGGACAGUGCUGGACCCCACGUGUUUGAGUCACAUUGAGUCUACAGGCCACUCUCUCUCCCCGGAAUGGGGGGCGGUCCUGGAUGGGAGAGGCUGUGGACUGGGUGUUCCCCCUUGCCUCGGGGCCCCUUCCCUCCCCGAGUAGCGUGUCCAGUAUUGCAAACAGGUUUUGGGACUUACCCCCCAGAGGCCAGGCCCAGUAGUGUGGGGUUAAGCUCCCUGAAUGCACACCCCUCACCCCCACCCCCACCCCCCAGCGCGUCUCUCCGUGUUCAUGCAGUAUUGGGGCUGCAACCAGGCCCGAGUCUGGGUCUCGGCUCUGCAGAGAGCUGCAACCCCCCCAUGUCACUGACCUCGGGACCACCCUCAGGGUCGAGGGAUGGGGAUGCGUCUGCUGUGGACGUCAGCCCUUCCCCUUGGGGCCAGAGGAGGGUGAGGGUGAGGUUGGGGGGCGGGGUUGGCGGUGGGCUCCGGGGCAGGUGCAAGAGGGGUGCCCAGGGUCUACUCUGCCCCGGGACGUCCUAGGUGCCCGCGUGUCAUGUGACGGAGCGGGAGGCAGUAUGGCCACAUCAGUGUUGCGUGGUUCCAGAGUGGGGGGCCGGCCCGCCGCCCCUUCAAGGUGGCCUCAUGGGAGGACGUGGGGGUUGGGUUGGCAUCACGGGCAUGCUGGACGCUGCCCCGGGCCGGCCUAGAUUAGGCCUCUUCCAGUCAUUCCAAAGCCCUGGCACGAGAGACCUGUUGGGCCGGUGCUCUGGCCUUGCCACCAACCCACACCUGACACUGAACCCAACAGACCAAAAUCCAGUCACAGCAGGCACAGCCCGGGCAGGGCAGCGUGCGUUUGCGUGCGUGCGUGCGGGCUGGACCCAGGUCUGGCCUGGCUCUGGCUGCUUCGGACCAUCUGCACCCUGGCCCGGGACAGAUGGUUUUCUUUCUUGUAAAAUUGUGGACUUUUCAGACCUGUUGACUAAACAGUCAUUAAUUUAUAUUUGUGAAAAAAAAUGCCACUGUCCUAGUGAUUUCUGAUGUAAAUAAUGUUGUUUAUAUAGUAUGUAUUAAAUUUUCCUACAU